CCACUGCCUCCUCCUGCGUACACACAGUAACAUACCCGAAAUAAGAGAUGGCAGUAAUGGAAAUAGCUUGUCAGGACCAUACAGAUCCAGCUACUGGAUCUCCAAAGGAUCUCCUAAUGGGCAAAGGGCCAGAAGAAGUAGUGAGUGAAAAGAAAAGCAGCGUUUGCAAAGUAGAGGAGCCAGAUGAGAAGAUAUUCCAUGAAUCAUGGAAGAUCCUGAACGAUGUGAUUGCUAAAGGAACUGCCAAGGAAGACAGCGGACAAGGGAGCUUAACCUCAAUCUCCAUCAUUGCCCAGGCAGAAUGUGAGAUAAGCCAGGAGUUCAGUCCCACUUAUUCAGAGAGGCCUUUUAUUGCUCACACAAAACAAUAUAGCCGGUCUUGCAGCCUUGAUCAAAUCCCCAAUAAUGUGGCUCAUGCAACUGAAGGAAAAAUGGCUCCAUGUUCCUGGAAGGCCUUACAUCGCGGCAAAUCCCGGAAGAAACAACGAAAGAGAAAAUCCUCCCUUAAAACAGCAAAAAAAGCAACCUCCCUAAUUCAAAAGCCAAGGACUCCGGAGCAGGAGAGCUGUGUACCCAUACCUGUGCAGGAAGAUGACUCUCAUUUGGGCACCCUCUUCAAUAUCACUUCAUGGCAUUCAGAACUAUGUAAGGAUUUUGGUUCUGAUUUCAGUUCCUUUGAGAAACCAAGCCAAGUUUUAUCUACUAGCAAGUUGCACAUGAUAAAGAACCAAGCAAAACUAGAGUUACACAAGUUGAUCAGCCCUGCUCAGUGCUUGAGUCAUGUUUGGAAAUCCUAUACACAGGACAAUUUGGGCUCUCAAUUGGAGAUUGUGCAUCCCUCCCAUUCAAACAAAUUUGCUCCUUAUUUGUAUAACCAUAGCUAUUUGCUUCCUGCUUUGAAACCUGGCCCCCUGAAGACUUAUCUUUUUGAUGAUCUUUCAAAUGUAGAUGAUGAACGUUACCUUUCAGACUUAAAUCUGGCGCAUAGCUUUUCCAAAUGUCACCAGUCUGCAAAAAACACUUCAGAUACUUUUUCUAUGGAUGAUUUUCUAGUAGAUGCAUUGAAGGGAAAUGUUAUUCUUGGAGAACCAAGAAACCUAGCUUGCUUGGCCAAGACUUGGAAAAAUGGAUCAAGUUCAAAAGUGUGCCUACAGGAAAUCAAUGAAAAUGAAGGAGUGUUGCUUACAGAGAAACUCAAAGCAGUCGAUUAUGAGUACCGAGAAGAGGUUCACUGGACUAAAUCUCAAGGUUUGCUCGGCACAGGCUCUUUUGGAGAAGUGUACAAAAUGGAGGACAAACAGACCGGCUUUCAGUGCGCAGCCAAAAAGGUACAAGUUGAACACUUUCGUGCAGAAGAGUUGUCAACAUGUGCUGGAGUAACACAUGCCAAAGUCCUUCCAUUAUAUGGAGCAGUGAAAGAAGGCCAGUGGGUUACCAUCUUCAUGAAACUGAUGGAAGGUGGGUCACUAGGCCAGCUAGUUAAGAAAUGUGGAUACCUCCCUGAGGACAGAGCUCUUGAUUAUCUCAGCCAAACACUGGAGGCCUUGGAAUACCUCCACUCCCAUAAUAUUCUCCACGGAGAUGUAAAAGCUGACAAUGUCCUUUUAUCUGGUGACAAAAGCCAUGCUGUUCUCUGUGACUUUGGUCAUGCAGCUCAACUUCAUCCAGAUGGCAUAAGGAACUAUCUAAUCACAGGGGAUUAUGUCCCAGGCACUGAGACCCACUUGGCUCCUGAAAUCAUAAUGGGGAAGCACUGUGAUUUCAAGAUAGAUAUCUGGAGUAGUUGCUGUAUGAUGCUGCACCUACUGAAUGGGUAUCAUCCUUGGAUCAAGUACUAUAAUCAUCCUCUGUGCCUCAAAAUAGCCAAAGAACUACCCCCUCUCAGAGAAAUUCCUCCCUCCUGUCACCCAUCCACUGUUAGGGUCAUUAUCUCUGGCCUUGAGAAAGAUCCUACAAAACGAGCUUCUGCAGCAGAGCUAAAGAAGAAAACCUGCAUAGCACUUAAGCAAGUGGGAGGACUGAAGAGUUCUUGGAGUGCUGAAUACAGAGAACCUAGAUGCCUGCAGUCAACACAGAAAGCUAUUCUCACAGAACUAUUGUUAUCCAUACCUGAACUCCCGGAUAGCCAAAAGGUGUUGUCUAGAAGCCCUAGACCUCCACUACCAUGUCAGGAUCUGACUGAGAGAAAGCAGUUAACUCACCCAGACAUGUGCAAGGAAUUACUGCCACCAUGUGACUCCCUUCUACCCUCCUUCCUGGUACCAGCCAGUAUUAGGAAAUACAACAUGACAGAAUGGAGGACUCCCAGCAUUGACCACGACCUUCAGCAGCUGGAGUUUGAUCUGAUUCUGAACAGCCUCUCUCAACCCUUUUCACUGGAAGAACAGGAACAAAUGUUGACCUGCUUCAGCUUGGAUAGCUUCCUCUCAUCAGAUGCUAGUGAAAAGGGUUCAUUGAAAAUGUCCCACAGUCUGAAGGACACCAUGAGUUCAGGUGUACAUUCCUGGAACAGUCAAGCAGAUGGCCAGAGCAACAGCUGGAACAGCUGGCUGAAUCGCAGCAGGAAUACAGAUAUGCCCACUUAUGUUAAUGGGGUGAAAAUUGAGAUCUGCUUGCUUAGUGGGGAAAGCCUCCAUAUCAGAGAAUUCCAUGGAACUAAGGUGGGAGAUGUUGCCACUGGAAUCAGCAGCCAGAUACCAGCCCCUGCAUUCAGCUUCUUCUCAAAAGAAGGCGAUCCUGUUCAUUGUGAUAUGACUGUCCCUGAUUCAGGCAUUGAACUUCAGUGCACUUUGGCUCCUGAUUGUAGUUCUGGCUGGAAGUGGAGGGUCAAACAUGGUCAGUUAGAAAAGCGGCUGUAAGGUCUUUUUCCUCCUCACUUCUUAUAUUGAAGCAAAUCUGACUCUGCAGAAAAGUCAAUGUAGGAAUUCAUUGGUGACAGCUGGCUGCCAAAGUAGAUUAUAGGUUCCUUGUCUGCUUCUUUGCCACAUCCAGUGCCUACAGAUGGUGGUGUGGGAUGAACGUCUAUGCAGAAUUGAAUGAUUGGACUGCAUUUAACAAAAUCAACCUCAGAAGCUUGGAAACAUAGGUUGCUGUAGUUUAGGCAGAUAAAUCUUCCUUAAUCUCACUACUAUCCCAAUAGUGCUUGCGGGGGGGUGUCAUCUUUUAACCUGCCUUUUUUCAGUUUGAGCAUUGAAUAUUGCUUUUGAAUUCUUUGGAGGAAUAUAUGACCUCCAAUAUAACAGGCAGUGUGUAAUGAGUGCAUAACCAAUAUCUCUGCAGAAGCAGUAACUUCAUCAUUCAUAUAGAAACUCUUUUACUAUAUGUUAUUUCAUUUUCUCCCUGCACAAUUUACAGCAGGCAUGUUCAAUAUAUAAAAGGAAGUUUGUUAUUUAGAUACAUUAACUAUACUAUAUAUUUUACUUGCGGUCCAAGACAAUUCUUUUCCAUUCUGUGUGGCCCAGGAAAGCAAAAAGUUUGCACACACCUGUUUUACAGAAUUAAAAUUAAAUUCUUAUCAGGGAAACUUUUAACUACAAUAUAAUACAAAUAGCUUUUUAAUAUUAAAUAAAUCAUACUUUUCAGGAGAGCAUUAAUUUUUAUUUUUUUGUAAUUCUAAAUCAGAGAGAACCACAUCAAUCUAUUACUGUUUAUGAUAUAGAAGAAGCCCUUUUGAAUGCACCAAGACUUCAUUGCUCAGUAGAUUCCACCUAUGUCAAAGAUAAUUUGAAGCAAAAAUCUAAACUUGAGAUAGUUUAGGCAAAUCCUUAUAGUCUUAUUUUUAGUUGACCAUAUUGAUUUUAUUAAUUUUGAUAGGUUUGUGUGAAGAACUCUGGUCGUGUAAAUGAAUAUCAUUGGACUAGGGUGUAAAAGGAAUAAAAUAUAUGGUAUAUAGCAGGGGUGUCAAACUCAAGGCCCACGUACCGGAUCUGGCCCACGGGGUGUUUAGAUCUUGCCCACAGCAAAGGAACAGCCCACAGUGCCUCUGCAGACAAAAACUGAGCUUAGGAGGGCUGUGUGUGGCCCUCCCAAGCUCUGUUUUCGCUAGCAGAGGGUUGCAAAAGGCUGUUGCAGACGAAAACGGAACUCAGGAGCCAAUUUUUGCAGACAGAAUGUUCGGGCCUCCACAGGCGCCCCCAAUACGAGUGAUGUUGAGCUGAUCAUGCCCUCCCCAGCCCCCUGAUGUUAAACACAACCCUGAUGUGGCCCUCAAUGAAAUCGAGUUUGAGAUCCCUGGUAUAUCCUUGACACCCCUGGUAUAUCCUUUCACAAAACCUCAUUCACAAAACCUCAUCUGGCAUGUUUGGAGCUACAUCUGGAAUGUGUUCACUCAUAAUUGUUUUUGGUUAAACUUUGAAAUGAUAUAAAAAAGAUAAAUCCAAUUGACAAAAUUGGAAGGGAGGGGGAGGAUUUUAAAACGUGUCUGAUUGUAUUCCUUUCUCUCAAAAAAAAAGUAACAUUUGUAUUUGAGGGCAAUAGACCAGCCUGAAUUUAGUUGCCUAAAUUCCAACUAAAUUUUCAAGGUUUUCUACUUCCUCUCCCAAAUAUGCCUACUUCUGUACCAAGGUAACCAGCCAUUCUGGAGGGCAACAUCUUUCAAUCCAUCUUUUCAAAUGUAAUUCUUAGGCAGCUGGAGUGAAUGUGUAAAUUACAAAAAAAUGGCCAUAGAGCAACUCUAAACUCUAUAAUAUUUUUCCUUUUAAAAGUUUCAUUUCACAUCAGAGUUAAAUGUCUUCAUUUCUAACUUGACUUCACUAUUGGAUAAUAAAAUUUGUCUGUUGCUGCUUCUAAAUCUACUGCAAUUCUAAGCAAGUAGAUUAUUUUCUAGAAGCUUGAAGUUGUGCCUUAAUAAUCGAUUUUUUCUUAAUUGGCAAGAGGCUUUUAUAGUCUGAUCUAUUAGAAGUUGUACUGCUGCAUUUGAAAUCUUGCUUGAAUAUCCUGCUAAUUUGAUCAUAGUUGUGCUCUAAGAGGCAAUAUCUUUCCAGGUGGUACAACAGAAUGCUGAAAUAGGCCACUAUGUGUUUAUGAUUGUAUGUAAUUUCAAUUGUCUGAAGUUCAUAUUGUGGUCCCUAUUUAAUUAUGCACAAAAUUAAAUGCUAUUCAGAAUUGGAAUCAUUGCUCUUGCAAUUCAGUAACCUAAUGAACUUGUGGAGUUUCAUGAUUUACAAAAUUGCCACAAAUAUUGGGAGACUCUGGUUAAAAUAUCUCCUCAGGAUCGUGUUUGUUGGAAAGAGCAAACAGCCUCUUAUUUUGUUAUUGAAAACUAAAAUGUAUAAGUACUGUUGUUUGGGACUGCAAUCUGUAAAAUCAUUCUGUAUUGUACUCUCUUAGUAGCUGGUACAGUUCAUGUACAAGAAAGAGGGUUUUUUUAAAAAAAUGCAACACUGUAUUAUAAAGAAUAAGAAUGAGCAUAAGAAACAUAUUUGACAUUAGUUCAUUGCGGGCAGCAGCAUUGUGGGUGCAAGCAGCAGGAAAGAAUUGAGGUGCUGCUCUUGGGAACUUCCAAGGCAUCCUGCUCCAUUUUUCCUUCAGGGACCUGGGUGCUUUUAUCCAAUCUGAACCAGCUGAUUUGGAGAAAUGCCGUGGAAUCAUCAGUUAACAAAUCUGACUUUCUUUUCGGUUUGGCUGCAGGAGGCUCAAAUAAAGCAUUUUCUUAGGGUCACCUGGGUAGGUUUCUUGACAAUAUAUUUGUCUUGGCAAUGAUGUUGGAGCAUUUUUUGUGACAGAGCCAGAUUCUGAACCAGGGCCUCCUUCAGAGCAAGGGCUUGGUUGAGUUCUCUAAGCUCCUUUGACAGCUGAGCUAGCUGGAGGGCAUGCUGAGCAGUGUAGUUGUCUGAAAACAGAAGAGCCUCCAGUUUUACUGCAGACCUUGAACUGAUUUUCUCCAGCAUCUCUGGCUGCUCCAUUUUUCUCCAGAAGUGAGUGGUCUUUUCCCAUCAGAGAGAGAUUUUCCACAGGCUCACCCCCAAAGCCUCCAGGCACGGCUCCAAAAGGAUCCUGAAAGGGAAACCACGGCGGAUCUGUCCCUCACUCGCUUGGCAUUAGGAAAGAGUUUAAUUGUUCUAAUAUAUCUAGAUAGAUGAGUAAACUCUAUUUUUCGCUGUCAUACCUAGUUUCAAGUUGGAAUUCAAGGAAUGAUUUUUAAAAAUUAUAGAGGAGAAAUUGGCUGCAGAGCCAAUCACAGCUGUCAAUCUAUUCCUAACUGUAGAUAAUAUUUUUUAAAAAUAAAUAAAUUGCCCUCUAUAGAUAGUACAACUUGAGCUUAUCCAUUCUGUUUGUGGAAAUGGCUCCUAGUUACCAAUGAAAUUCUCCUAAGUGUUCCUAAAAACAUCAUUUGUGGAAAUCUUGACUUUUUCAAGCACUUUUCUUAAUUUGCAAGAAUGGCUGAUUUAUCCAAUCAAAAGAAAAAAAAUGUAGCAGUAUGAUGUAUCUAAAUGCAAUAGGGGAGUAAACUACUCUCACAGAAAAAUCUGAAAGUUUAUCGUGAUAUCUAAAGUAUUUGUGGCUGUAAUCCAACUGUCAGUUCUUAAAACUUCAAUCUACUUACAGCAUAUUGAUUCCUGCGAAUGAAGUAGCAGACCCUAAAUCAAGAAAUGGGGAUCUAAUAUACAGAAAAGCACAAUAUUUUUUCUUCUUCAUUAAUUUACUUCAUGUAUAUUUUCUCUAUUUGUUUUGUUUUUUGGUAUAAGGAAGUUUUUUGUCAGAUUUGCAUUGUGAUGACUUAAUGAUAGCGUGCUCAUAGAUCAUAUUAUGUCUCUGCAUGUGUAUGUUUUUUUUUACUGUGAUAUAUAAAUCAACUCUGUAGCAUCAAGUCAAGCCACAAUGGCAUAUUGAACAAAUGGUGAAAAUCAUUUGGCCAUAGUGUUUAGGAGCACUAUAUGAACCAAACCAUUUUUUUUUAACUCUAGAGAAUUUAUGCUAAAAUAUUAACUUUCUGUGUGAGCUUUCUGUGUGGAGAAUUUAUUAACUUCCUUGCUUCCAGUGUUUAAACUGUUAAAUAACUAAUUUGCUUGCAAAAAUAAGCUUAGAAGUUUGUCUAUUUUUUCAAUGUUAAAAUUAUCUUGGUUUUGAAAAAGCCGAGAGAUGGAACGCUAGAAAGCCUCAGUCUUACAGCCUGUUAUCUUAAAUACUUUUUCCUCUAGUUCAGCUUCAGAAAUGCCAAAAAGCUUUUUAAAAUGAACAGAAUGAAAGAAUUAUUUGAAACAGCUCUUUAAAUUGGAGUUGCUUUUGCCAAAACCAGGGUAGUAACCAGAGUGGCCUAAAGAUCCUUCCAAACUGUGUUCUUAAUACUUCAAUUAAAAGUGUUCAUUUUGUUGUUUUCAAUUUAAAAAAUAUUUUUAAUGGAAGGGGAAAGUAAGAACAUAGAAAUAUAUUUUAAAUGAAAAUCACUGAUUACAUUCAUAUGGCGCACUGAACCAAAAACUUGCCAGUGAUAUUUAGUCUGGUGUGUUCUGAAGACUUGUGCUGUGUUUAGUUUAUGGUUCAGUGUGAUUUUUCAAUCCAGAAAAGUAAAUUUUAUUAAUUAUGGAUCAUUUUAUACAAGCACAAUAUAUAUUGUCUGUGAUUCUGUGAAAAUUAAGAAUGUCUGAUGUUAUUUUUAACUCAAUGAAGUUGUAACCCUAAUGAAAGCUAAAUGUACCUUUUUUCAAUCAAGGAAAUUAAAUCACUGUGCCUUUAGCUCA